CGGCCUUGCUUUCUCUCUCGAAUUCCAGCCACCGGCAACCACCUCGGCUCCAUCCCUACACUCCGCUGCCCCGCUGCUCGUCUCUCACAGUCUCACCCCCUUUUAGUAUUCGGGUGUUGCGGUGCUUUCAAGAAGACGUUUCGUCGGCCACCGAAGUCAGGAGUUAGGAAGCAUGACGAGUCACGAGAAUGGUGAUAGCUAUAAUAGCUCUAAGAAUGAGAGGAAUUUGACGACAAAGAUAUUGGCGAAUAUGGGAAGGAGUGGCGGAGUGUACGUUCCUCCGUUGAAGUUGGCCAGAAUGAUGAAGGAAAUCGAGGAUAAUAGCAGCCUUGAAUAUCAAAGAAUGACAUGGGACGCUCUGAGGAAGAGUAUCAAUGGAUUGGUGAACAAAGUGAACGCCACCAACAUCAAAAACAUCAUUCCGGAGCUGUUUGCUGAAAAUCUGAUACGAGGGCGGGGUCUAUUCUGUCGAUCAUGUAUGAAGUCUCAAAUGGCGUCUCCAGGGUUCACUCAUGUAUUUGCAGCUUUGGUUGCUGUCGUAAACACAAAGUUCCCUGAAGUAGGGGAUCUUCUGCUGCGGAGGAUCAUACUACAGCUACAGAGGGCAUUUAAGCGCAAUGAUAAGCCACAACUACUUGCUGCGGUCAAAUUCAUAGCUCACCUGGUGAACCAGCAGAUAGUUCAUGAGCUUAUUGCUCUUGAGCUGCUGACAUUACUGCUGGAAAAGCCCACGGAUGAUAGUGUUGAAGUAGCUGUCGGAUUUGUUACAGAAUGUGGAUCCUUGCUGCAGGACCUUUCCCCCAGGGGAUUGCACGGUAUCUUUGAGCGAUUCCGUGGUAUUCUUCAUGAAGGAGAAAUAGAUAAACGUGUACAGUUCUUAAUUGAAGGGCUCUUUGCAUUGCGGAAAGCAAAGUUUCAGGGGUACCCUGCUGUCCGUCCAGAGCUGGACCUAGUGGAGCAGGAAGACCAAUUGACUCAUGAAGUUUCUCUUUUGGAUGAGAUAGAUGCUGAGAACACUUUAGAUAUCUUCCAGCCGGAUCCCCAUUUCGUGGAGAAUGAGAAGAAGUAUGAAGACCUAAAGAAGCAAAUACUAGGUGAAGAAUCUGAGGAUGAAGCAGAGUCAGAUGAAGAUGCAGAUUCAGAGGAUGAUGAUGAGGAAGAGGAUGAGGAUGAUGAGCAGAUGCAAAUUGAGGAUGAGACAGAGACAAAUUUGGUUAAUCUUCGGAGAACUAUCUACUUGACAAUUAUGUCUAGUGUUGAUUUUGAAGAAGCUGGGCAUAAGCUAUUGAAGGUCAAACUAGAGUCUGGUCAGGAGAUGGAACUAUGCAUCAUGCUUCUGGAGUGUUGCAGCCAGGAGAGAACGUACCUCUGCUACUAUGGGCUUCUUGGGCAGAGAUUUUGUAUGAUAAACAGAAUUCAUCAGGAGAACUUUGAGAAGUGUUUUGUCCAGCAGUAUUCCAUGAUUCACCGGCUGGAAAGCAAUAAACUGCGCAAUGUGGCAAAGUUCUUUGCACAUUUACUUGGCACAGAUGCAUUGCCUUGGCACGUUUUGGCCUACAUUCGGUUGACUGAAGAGGAUACUACUUCUUCUUCCCGUAUCUUCAUCAAGAUUCUCUUCCAGGAAUUAUCAGAACACCUAGGAAUUGGCUUGCUUAAUGAACGUCUAAGCGACCCUGGCAUGCAAGACUCAUUCGAGUCUAUUUUUCCCAAGGACAACCCGAAAAACACUAGGUUUGCUAUUAACUUCUUCACUUCCAUUGGGCUUGGAGGGAUCACAGAAAACCUGCGGCAGUAUCUCAAGAACAUGCCUCGGCUCAUCAUGCAACAACAAAAGGCUGUACCCGCGUCCGAUUCUGAAUCUGAUAGUUCUGGUUGUGACUCUGGUGGAUCUGGAUCGGGAUCCUCAAGUUCAGAGUCAAGUGAGAGUGAAAGCGAUAGGGAUAAGAGACGAAAGAAGAGGAGAAGAAACUAAUGGUCAUACAUGUGAUGUUGUACAGCUUGGCAUUUCUUGUACUUGAGAUUUUUGUUUAGGAUAUAAUGUGAGGUGUGAUUGUUGUUUCUUAGUUUCUAGUGUUUCUAAUUGAUUACUAGAUCCUACCUAAUGCAUCUUGACUUUUUGCCAUUGUCAAGAUUAGAUGCCACAUAAGGCAUUAAGAGUGAACUUGGUUCAGACAACUCAAACUCCCGACCUAUCAAUUGGAGGAAAAUCAUUUUAAU